AGCUGCAUUUUUCCCCAAUUCACCACGGCUGAGGACCGAGCGCGCGCUCGCCAGCUUUUCACGAGCUUGCUACUAACUUUGAGGAAUUUCAUAGUUACUGCAUGUUUUUUUCGGCGAGUUGAUUGCAAAGAAUACAUUUUCAAGGAUAUUCUCGUCUUCUGUUCAUACUACAGCUCUUUACCGACAAGCUUUUAUUUGGUAAUUAGUGGUCACUUUUUAGUCAAAGAAACAUCCAGCUUUCUUUCUCCGUGCCGAACACAUGCUGUUUGGUCGGAAGGCUUGGUCUUGUAUAUAAUUGUAACGAAGCUGUGUAUAUUUUUACAGACUUUUUUUUUUUGAAUAGUUUGCUGUUUAAAACAAGUCGUUUUUAUUUCGCUGGAUGGCAGAUCGUCUCUUUCCCAUGUGAGAAUCGGUAGCGCCAACCAACGCCUUUGCUGUGUGAACCGUAUGGUGUGAGCACAAACACCAGCACAGAAAUACAGCUCGGUGCGCCAUCACUUUUUCUUGGUCUAGCGUCGUUUCGGUUGUUUGUUGUUUAAAACAACAAACGGUUUAUAAGUGAAGAUGGGUUGCACCUUAAGCGCCGAGGAUAAAGCCGCGAUAGAGAGGAGCAAAAUAAUCGAUAGGAACCUGCGGGAAGACGGAGAGAAAGCGUCCAGAGAAGUCAAACUGCUGCUGCUGGGUGCUGGUGAAUCAGGGAAAAGCACGAUAGUUAAGCAGAUGAAAAUCAUCCACGAAGAUGGCUACUCAGAAGAGGAGUGCAAGCAGUACAAGGUGGUGGUGUACAGCAACACCAUCCAGUCAAUCAUUGCCAUCAUCAGAGCUAUGGGCCGCUUAAAGAUUGACUUUGGCGACCCAGCAAGAGCUGACGACGCCCGGCAGUUGUUUGUGCUGGCUGGGACAGCGGAGGAAGGGGUCAUGACCCCUGAGUUGGCUGGAGUCAUCCGCAGGCUAUGGAGGGACAACGGAGUCCAGAGCUGCUUCGCCAGGUCCCGAGAGUAUCAGCUAAACGACUCGGCCUCCUAUUAUCUGAACGAUCUGGAGAGGAUAUCCCAGCAGGGCUACAUGCCCACACAGCAAGAUGUGCUGAGGACUCGAGUGAAGACCACAGGCAUUGUGGAAACUCACUUUACCUUUAAAGACCUCUACUUCAAGAUGUUUGAUGUAGGUGGCCAGCGCUCGGAGAGGAAGAAAUGGAUUCACUGCUUCGAGGGUGUCACAGCUAUUAUCUUCUGUGUAGCUCUGAGUGAUUACGACUUAGUGCUAGCUGAGGAUGAGGAGAUGAACCGAAUGCACGAGAGCAUGAAGCUGUUUGACAGCAUCUGCAACAAUAAGUGGUUCACUGACACCUCCAUCAUCCUCUUCCUCAAUAAGAAGGACCUGUUUGAGGAGAAGAUCAAGAGGAGUCCUCUCACUAUCUGUUACCCUGAAUACUCAGGUUCCAACACGUACGAAGAGGCCGCAGCUUACAUCCAGUGCCAGUUUGAGGAUUUGAACAGGCGAAAGGACACCAAGGAGAUAUACACCCACUUUACCUGCGCCACCGACACCAAGAACGUACAGUUUGUCUUCGAUGCCGUUACAGACGUCAUCAUCAAGAACAACCUGAUCGAGUGUGGACUCUACUGAAGCAUGUUAGUUUCCCAAGUGGGACUAACGAGCAAUGCCUCAUGGGAUGGAUCUCUUUGUCGCUGCCUGUAGCGGAUUCCAGUCAGUGGGGGAAAAUGACAAGACACACCGUGCUGCUACCACACUGCGCGUACACCGUAGUUCUUACUGUGCAUUUUGGAGAAACACUUUAACCUUCUUUAUUGGCGGUAUUAUCGUUUGUCUUUCUUUACUUCUCCGACACGUCCGAGAGAGGUCAAGAGGGAUGAAUGUGUCCUGUCCAUGGUGAAAUUACAGUUCAUUCAAGUUGCUGUUUGACUGAUUGGUAAUUCUUUUGGCUCUUACAGUAAAUAAAGUAGUUCUAUGCACACACCAGAAUCCUAAACGGUUGAGAUGCAUCUUGCCAAGAGGACUUUCUGACCACCAUCCGCUACAUAACUGUGAUUUCUUUGGCAAGCUGAAUUUUUCAACUUUCUCAUAAGAUUUAUAGGUAAAUUAUUGAUAUUUGGAUUCUUUUGAGUUCAUCUUUUUUUCAGGAUCACAGUUCAAUGAAACAAGACAUAUGAAGGUGCAUAAGUUAGAGCAUUUUCAGUCAACAUACCUGUAGCUGUUUAGUAUCCAGAUCAGAGGUGCGACAUAGAUUGUAGUUGCUUCAUAACCAAAAAAAGGUGAAUAGUAGCUAAAUACUUCGGCUUAUUUCUUUUAUCCUUCUCGCUCUCUUUUUUUUAAUGUGGACCACUACAUAACCCUUUUUUUUUUUUUGUUCAUUACACUUGUGUAUGAAUUAUUAUUGAUUAAUAAAUUCAUGACUGCAUGCAAAUGGAACUAAUGACUGGGAGAACGCCUUUUUGUAAUAAAUGUUGUAGAAAUUGUGGCUUUCCUGCAUGGAGGCUGAAUUUACAUUCACUGCUUGAUAUUUUGAAGGUUUUUGUUGCUGGGAUUUUAAAGAAAAAAUGUAGAUGGGUUUUAAUCUUUAUGGCAGGUGUACUUAGUGUGUAAAUAUACAUGUUUAUUUUUACAUGAAUCUUUAACUUUUUUUCUUUUUUUUUUUUUAAUUAAAUGCUCAUUUUCAAAAAUAACCUAGAGUGUCUAAAAACUGCAAUGGUGACCUGUGCUUUUAACAGUGACAGACAAACAUAACUUGUUUGUCGGGUUGAUCUGGUCAAACAUUUCUUCUCUUAAUUUUAAACAUUUGGAAAUGUUGAAGUAAUUUUAACUGUUAACCUACAGCUAAAUUCUAUCAUUUGAAUUUUUAACCCAGACUGUAAAGUGUAUAAUUCUUUCUAAGAUCUUAAGGGCUGUUGGAUGUUACUAUGUUAAUCCUGUGGAUUUUUGUCUUAUAAUACAAACCGACAUCAACAUGAACUGUUUUGUAAUUUGUAUUUUGGUUUAAUUGUCGAACAUGUUUCUUCAUUUUUACCCAGUUGAGCUAGACUUUUGCAUUUCUCCAACACAGUGUUAUGCAGUGUAUAAAAGUAUUAUUAUCCAUAUCCAGCAAUGUCUCAUUUUUACAGUCAGUUUAUGCCUCUCCUCUUUGUAUAACAUUCUUGUUUUCUGCUUGAAAAGAAUUUUGUUUUUGUUUUUUAUCCUUUUUGUCUUCUGUUUUCUGUACUGGGUCACUAAUAUCUAUUAAAGCACACACAAACUGAA